AAUUAUUUUAAUAAGUCACAUUUACAUAUUCUAGGUCCCGCGAAAUAAUGACAGGCUAUAAUAAACAAAUGUGAAAAACAUUUACUCACCUUUAACGUUUGAUUAUGACCAGAAAGCAACUCUGGUUUUGUCAAGUUGUAAUAUUAUUUUCUUGCAUUAACAUGCAAAUAUACCCUUUAAAAUCACACAUGUCCACAUAAAACACAAACACAUCACAUCUUUAAAUAUCAGUAAUCAUGGUGCUAAACAACAGCAGAAAAACCAUUGAGCAGGAUUAGCCUACUUUUCUAAGGUCCAACUUAAUUCCCACUAAGCCAAUGAUUUUUCUUGGUUUACUGUUAACUUCAUUGUCCUGUCUGUUCAUUUUUAUACCAGCUUGCCCAUUGUUUAACUGAAAAUCCACUAGUUAUUUCUUCAUCAUUAGUUUUUUACUCUCAAAAAAAAAUCUUUCACAGCCUAUAUUUAGAACUCCAAAAACCCUUCAAAACUCACAAACAAUCUUUAACAAACCAUUUUUCAAUACUUAUAUUAAAAACCCAAAAAAAGUUUAAUUCUUUCAUCACUAUCUUGAAAUGGAUACUGCAAAUCAGAUAGGCUCAACUGUACCCCCCAGCAAAGUGUUACCUCCUGCUAAAGGCAAAGCUUGUGGUGGCACUAUGGGUUAUCAUUUAGCUAGAAGACUAGUGGAAAUUGGUGUUAAAGAUGUUUUUUCAGUGCCUGGGGACUUCAAUUUGACACUUUUGGAUCAUUUAAUAGCUGAGCCAGAAUUGAACCCGAUUGGCUGCUGUAAUGAACUGAAUGCUGGAUAUGCUGCUGAUGGUUAUGCACGUGCCAAAGGUGUUGGAGCUUGUGUGGUAACUUUUACAGUUGGUGGUUUGAGUGUUAUCAAUGCUAUUGCUGGUGCUUAUAGUGAGAAUUUGCCUGUGAUUUGUAUUGUGGGUGGUCCUAAUUCUAAUGAUUAUGGGACUAACCGGAUUCUGCAUCAUACAAUUGGAUUGUCUGAUUUUAGUCAGGAGCUUAGGUGUUUUCAGACAGUCACUUGUUUUCAAGCAGUUGUGAAUAAUUUGGAUGAUGCACAUGAGCUAAUUGACACUGCAAUUUCUACUGCUUUGAAGGAAAGCAAGCCUGUUUAUAUUAGCAUAAGUUGUAAUUUGCCUGCUAUUCCUCAUCCAACCUUUGGUAGAGAUCCUGUGCCGUUUUCUCUUGCUCCUUGUGAGAGCAAUCAGUUAGGAUUAGAGGCAGCUGUUGAAGCAACUGCUGAAUUUCUGAACAAAGCUGUGAAACCUGUAAUUGUUGGAGGACCUAAAUUAAGGGUAGCAAAGGCACAGAAGGCAUUUCUUGAGUUUGCAGAUGCUAGUGGGUAUCCGGUAGCUGUUAUGCCCUCCGGUAAAGGGCUUGUGCCGGAGAAUCACCCACACUUCAUCGGCACAUAUUGGGGUGCUGUUAGCACCGGCUUUUGUGGAGAGAUUGUGGAGUCAGCUGAUGCCUACAUUUUUGUUGGCCCUAUAUUCAAUGAUUAUAGCUCUGUUGGCUAUUCCUUGCUUAUCAAGAAAGAGAAAACUAUUCUAGUGCAGCCUAAUCGUGUGACCGUAGGCAACGGUCCUUCAUUUGGUUGGGUCUUUAUGGCUGAAUUUUUGAGUGCAUUGGCAAAGAAAUUGACGAAAAAUAGCACUGCGAUGGAUAAUUACCGUCGUAUUUUUGUUCCUUCGGGGAUCCCUCUCAAGUGUGAGAAUGAUGAACCUCUUAGGGUCAAUGUUAUGUUUAAGCACAUUCAGGGAAUGCUAAAUGGAGAAACUGCAGUAAUUGCUGAAACUGGAGACUCAUGGUUCAACUGUCAGAAACUCCACCUCCCUGAGAAUUGCGGGUAUGAAUUUCAGAUGCAAUAUGGAUCUAUUGGCUGGUCAGUAGGGGCUACUCUAGGAUAUGCUCAGGCUGCCAAAGAUAAGCGCGUCAUCGCUUGCAUUGGUGAUGGGAGUUUUCAGGUAACAGCUCAGGAUAUAUCGACAAUGAUUCGUUGCGGACAAAGGACUAUAAUUUUCCUCGUCAACAAUGGUGGUUAUACAAUUGAAGUAGAGAUUCACGACGGACCUUAUAAUGUGAUUAAGAACUGGAAUUACGUUGGCCUUGUCAAUGCCAUCCACAACGGUGAAGGCAAAUGCUGGACUGCAAAGGUUCGAACAGAGGAGGAACUGACGAAAGCAAUCGCGACAGCAACGGGAGAACAAAAGGAUUCGCUAUGUUUCAUUGAAGUUUUGGUGCAUAAAGAUGACACUAGCAAAGAAUUACUGGAAUGGGGAUCCAGAGUUUCUUCUGCUAACAGCCGUCCUCCGAACCCGCAAUAAUGAGUUAUUGUUUUGGAUGUUUGUAGAUAUAAGCUUCGAAAUUCCAAGGAACCUGGAUCUUGGUUUCGUAAUCUGAAUCCGAACUAAAAAUAAAGAUAGGAUUGCUUGUUUUCUGUAAGAUUCUCUGGUUCUUGCUGUAUAUUUCCACUUUCCUUUUGAACCAGGUUACUGUAACAAUUGUAUGUUGUGCAUUGAAUUUUUAUGAAUCUAAACCUUUUGCACUAAA